AUGCCCGCUAACACGAGCUGCAAGAACCAGGCUUCGCGAGCUUUCCACGCCCUCCCCUGCGGCCGCCCCUCCACUCCCUGGCCGCCUCCCCUGCUUUCAUCUCCCCUGCUCUCUCCUCCCCUCCCCUGUGGUCUCCCCUCCCCCCUCUUCCCCUCCCUCAGGCGUCCGGGAGACCUCCCCACCGAGCUAGCAGAGCGGGCCAGCCCCCGCCUUCCUCCAGGCCCCCUCGCCUCUCCCCCGCACUCCGCGGGCGGCGGCGGCCGUCCCCAGACCACGCCCCUCGGGGUCCACGCCCCUCGGGAUCCCGCCGCGCCCUCCCUGACCACGCCCUCCGGCUUCCGGGGCGUCCUCGGGCCACGCCCCUCCCAAGCGCAGCUCCCGAGACCACGCCCCUGGAGAGUCUCGCCGCGCCCUCUCAGACCACGCCCUCCGAGGCCACGCCCCCGCGCUCCCGCCGGGUCCCAGGCCACGCCCCUGGUCACGCCUCUCCGAGUCCCGGCCGCUGCGCGCCCGCCUAGCGCUCCGCCCUGCAGCGCGCCGCGCGCGAGUCUCCCCCGCGACCGUGGGCCUCGGCCGCCCGGAGCUGGACGCGGGCUCGCUGUCCCCGCAGCCCCUCCGGCCACAGGUUCGGGACCCCGGCCCGCGAGCUGCAGCCGCGGCCCUGAGAAUGCCGCGCCUCCUGCCGAGGGCGCCCGGCACGCGGCCCCUCGGAAGACAAAGCUGCUUAGUGCUCGCCGCGUCCCGAGCAGAAUAUCCUACUGUCCUGUGCUCGCCCCCCCCCCCCCCAAAUCUUGUGACGAUGUGAGACGAUGAGAUGCCCCCGUGGUGAGGU